UGCAAUGCAACAAUGCAAGCCUACCCUGGCCAACAUCAGCGACUCUUUGCAACCAGCAACAGUGCUUCGGAUAUGUAUAUCGCCAAGUAGCCACUGACUGUUAAUCUGCGUGUGUCUAUAUCUUUCAGGGGUGGUUGAUCCCAUCACCACUUUAAUGAAUCAUACUCUUGCACAAAUGCAAAGAGAUUUACGUUGGAUCCCUUAUCCACUAAAAGAUCGCUAGUUUUACACUCUGAUUGUCCCAAUAGUGAGAUUUUAGGCAGUUUCAUUUCAUAACUUAUCACAAACCAGUGUUUUUUUCUGCUACUUGGGACUACUUUCACUUCGGGAAUUGUCCAUGAAUUUCCACAAGUAUGCGACCCUUAAGACAAGUGGGCAGUUGGUGAUGGAUUUGGGAUCGGUCACCACCCACAUUGCUGCUUUGGUGGCUCUGCUCAAGAGUACAAAUGUGAAUGAUAACCCCUUGACGCAGUUCUUCUGUUGGUUCUUGGUGGGGACAAUCAUUUUCCAAGUAAUUAUUGCCAUCGGUCUGUUUACCUUCAGACAAUUGGAUUUGAACGAAGAGAUCAAUCACACUGUCGCAAAACGGUGGAACAUUGCCUUUUUUGUGGCAAUUUUUAUAAUCUCACUCUGUGAAGCCUUCAUCGGCAUAUUUGAAAAGUUCGGUCUCGAGCAUGGACCAUCCGUCAUCAAUGGGACCACUUCAAGUAUAUAACAAUUUUCCUCUCUCAUGACUAUUAUUUGACAUCUACUUAUUUAAAUUUAUGACAAAUGUUCCCUCACCAGUCUUUUUGUAAGAUGCUUUACUUUUUCGAAUAAUUCAUUUCUCAACAGAUAUUUUUACCGAUAUUAUGAUCACACUAAGAAUAUAGUACAAUAUAAGUUCAUAAGAUCCAUGUUAAGUCUAGGGUAAAAAAAUAUUAUUAUGUAGCUCAGCUCAGAGAAUGCAGAGGCUUAUUAUGUAUGUACGCAUCAUAGUAAAAGUAUGUAGAACAAGCUUGAAUAAAAUUUUGAUACAACGCUAAC